AUGAGGGUAGCCUUAUUGGGGAGGAACAAGUUGGGGUUGGUAGAUGGCUCUUGUACUAAAGAUAAAUUUCCAGAAAUCUUGUGGAAUCACUGGGAAAGAGUCAAUGCAAUAGUACUUUCUUGGAUAAUGAAUUCUGUAGCUAGUGGAUUGCUAGUUGAUGGUGCAAGAUCUUUUAAUCUUCAUAAAGAAAUUGCUACCUUAAACCAAGGAACCGCAUCUGUUUCUGUAUAUUUUUCAAAAUUAAAGGAUUUAUGGGAAGAAUUUGAAGCUUUGGUCACAUUCCCUGGUUGUGAUUGUGCAAAAUCAAGGGAUUUUGUGAUACAUCUACAGAAACUGAAAUUGUUUCAGUUCUUGAUGGGGUUAAAUGACUCAUAUAGUCAAGCAAGAAGUCAAAUACUGCUAAUGAGUCCAAUGCCUACUGUGAAUCAAGCAUAUGCUAUGAUAAUCAGUGAUGAAAGUCAAAAAACAGUAGCAGGUUCAGCAGGUUUAUUAGGUGCAAAUCCAGCCAAUAUGUCUGAUCAAUAUGAGGUAGCUAUGUACUCAAGAACAGGUGGUAAUUAG